CUCAUACAAAUCUUCCUUCCUCUUUUCUCACUCACUUCUCUUUUCAACCACUUUCUCUACUCAACUUCUUACAAACCAAAUGCUCUUUUUUCUAACCACACAACAAUAUGGGCAAAGCAUCAAAAUGGUUCAAAGCACUCCUUGGCUUCAAGAAAAAUGACUCUUUUUCUUCUUCUUCUUCCACUAAGAAGAAAUGGAGUGAUGUUAAAUCCUACAAAGAUAAAGAUUUUCAACACCACCACCACGAUAACUACCAUGACAAAUUGCACUACAACGAUCACCGUAAAAAUGAUGCUGGAGUGGACCCCACUAAUCGUGCGGUCCACUCCAUCAUCACGACGACAAGUAGUGUCCAUACAGCUGUCGUGAGGACGUGGAACGGUGAAGAGUGGGCUGCCAUAGUGAUACAGUCACAUUUCCGAGCUUAUUUGUCAAGGAGAGCUUUACGUGCAUUGAAGGGACUUGUGAAGCUUCAAGCACUAGUAAGAGGUCAUAUUGUAAGGAAGCAAACUGCGGAUAUGCUAAGACGUAUGCAGACGUUGAUAAGAGCUCAAUCAAGAGCUCGAGCUGGACGAUUUCAGGUUUUUGAAUCCCCUUCUUUGAGCGCGAAGUCUGCUCAAUUUCUUCAUCAUGGUCCUGCAACUCCUGAGAAAUUCGAGCAUAUUAUUCGUGCAAGGAGCAUGAAGAAUGAUCAAAUGUUUAUGCUCAAGAGGAAUUCUUCAAACCAUAUGGGCAAAAGACAAGAAUAUUUUGCAAGAAAUGGGUCAAUUGAUGAUGACAAGAUUUUUGACAUAUACACCAUAAAACCAUAUGCCAAUGCCAAACAAAAGAAUUUAUUUCAUUCCUCUGAACUUAGCUUGAUUUCGGACCAAUUAAGUUUUAGCUAUGAUGAAACAUGUUACUCCUCUACCGAUAAUACAGCAUCAUCUAGAUGUGCUCGUUCAAGGACAAGACCAUUUACGCCGACUAAGAGUACUAGUGGAUGCUCUGAUAAUCAUCCGAAUUACAUGUCUUACACAGAGGCAGCUAAGGCAAAAACGAGAUCAAUGAGUGCACCAAAACUAAGGCCUCAGUAUGAUAUGUUAAACUCAACAAAGAGAUACUCAAGAAAUAACAUGCAAAAGGGUUCUAACUUCAUCAGCAAAGGCACUUAUCAAGGUUCUGGUAGAUUAGACAGGAUUGGAAUGCCUGUUAGGCGCUUUUCGGAUGAUUUUAGUCGCGGUUUUUCUCAUAUAUAUUAGGAUGAUUCGUGUUCAAAUUUGUAAGUUUGAAUUGAGGAAUCAAGAAUUGAGCAUCUUCCAACCGAUUUUAUGCUAAUUGGAGAUGCCGAAGAAAAAGAAAAGGAAUUAGAGUCAACCGUGUCAUGGAAAAUAUGGUUGAAAUUGACUUUUGUUCGGGGGAAAAUGAGAAUGUCAAAAUUCGGACAAAUUUGCAAAUUGGGAGGUUGAAGUCUCACUCCUAGCAUUUUUCAACAUUGGAUUUAUAUGGUGAUAUGGGAAUUAAACCACAUACAUCCAUGUUGGAUGGUGAAGAAGAAAGACAAGCGCCUUAUAUCCUGCAAUUUGAAAGAGUAAGAAGGCAAAAUGACAUUCCUCAUUUGAAAGCCAAGAAGUGUAAAAUGGAGAAAUUGACGUUUGGCUUGUUCAUCUACUUACCACCCUCGCCGCUCAUGGUCGCAAACUUGAGUCCAAGUUAGGUGCCCAAGUUUGGGACCCCCUGAACUUGUCAUCUUUUAUUUAGUGCACACCUACACUAUGUGUUGACUUAAUUAUCCCCCUAAACUUGGUAAUAUGAUAGUCUCGACCUCCCUAGACAAUGAUGUGGCAAAGAGCGUGAACACACUCUUUUUUAGGCUCGUGGAAGUGUCAAAAAUAAAAAAAAUCAGCUUUCAAGUGGAGUAUUUUCCAACUAUUAAUCGUUAUAUAAUCAAUAUAAUGAUUUAUUUUUUCCAAUUGUGUUUCUUUUUAGUUUUUCUUAAUAUUCAUUGCAUAUUUUAUCUCAAUUGUAUUUUUUUCUUUUUAGAUAUAAUGAUUAUUUAUUUCAACUAUGUAUUUUUUUCUUCUUUUUUUGGGUCCAAAUCUAAAUAGCUUAGUUGAAACUCUAUUUAUUUUAGCCAAAUAAAAAGAAGGUUUAGCAAAAGUAAUGAAGUUUAGCCAGUGAAUUUUCUACAAAAAAAAUUGCGUAUUUUUCUUUUCAUGCAAUUACUAUUUAUUUCAACUCUGCAUCAUUUUUUCGGGUCAAAUUCUUAAAAUAUUUGGGUGAUAUUUUAUUUAUUUCUUUUUAGAUACAAUGAUUAUUUGCUUUAACUGUGUAUUUCUUCUUUUCCUGGCCAAAUAUAUAAAAAUAACUUGAUUAGAAUAUCAUUAUCUUUAGCCAAAUAAAAAAAAGUAUGGUCAAAAUAUUGUUGUUUCAAGUUCUUUUUGUACAGAUCUGGCCCGAAAAAGAUGAUCUAAAUAAUUGG